GAAGUGUGCUCAUUGCGCAAUACAGUUUUUUGUGGUUACAACCAUCCCGUUACGCGAACCAAGCAACACAAGACAAUCCCUUGUCGUCUAACCCCCUCGUCUUCUUUUCCUCUUUUUCUCUCUCUCCUUUCAAUUCCACUGUGAUCGCCCCACUUCGUGAACGCACCGUGGAAAAUGUCGACCGCGAAGACGACGGCAACGCGCCGGUGUGCGCUGUACAGCGUGGCGGUGCUUGCUGUGGCGCUGUUGCUGGUCAGUACGUAUGCGCAAGCUCGUGGGUACGCACAUCCUCGCACCGAUGACGAGCGAGGCAACAGCACAGAAGCGCACGUCGGUGACGGCGAAAAGAUCAUUCUUCCAGCCCCGGAGGCGGACGAGGUCGAUACGAAAGGAGUACAAGCGCUGCCGCCGCUGCCACCGCUGCAGGCGGAAGAUGACAAAGGAACUGCUCAAAACAGCAGCGAAGUGCCGCCUUCGGCUCCGCAGCCACACCCGCACGACGACAACGGCCACCACCACCACCACCACCACCACCACCACGACGGGCCACAACAGCGUGGCCACCAUGGAAAUCACACCCGCCCUCACUCCGCAGCGCUGCGGCGGCAAAACGAGUCCAAUGAUAUGGGCCGCUGCGAGGUGCCUCCGCCGCUGUCAGCGCCGCAACGCGGCCGUUGUGCUCGUCGUGGAGACGUCAGGAAGGACGCAAACGUGCGAACCCUUCGUACUGGCCACACCGAGCUGGAUGAACAGAAGACGAAGAAGAUGAACAGGAUGAUGAAGCAUCGGGACUCAAAGAAGCGCCAUGCGGGGCACUCGAAGGACAAGGUGCAGCGGCACGCGUCUCGCGAGUGGAAGGCGGGCCGCCGGGGCCCCAUUGCGCCUGCGCCGCCGGUGGAAACGCAAGCGUAG